GCUUCGUCCAGAUAGAAAAGAAAGCAAAAAAGAAAAAUGGCGUGCGUUCCUUGGUGAGAGAUUUGUUAUUGUUUUGUCUUGUGUUUCCCGGGCAAAGUGCCAGCGAAUGUGUGAAAAAUGUGUUAUUUUGUGUACUGAACUUGAUAAAGUGAUAAAAUAUACAGCUGUAUAGUGCCGCCGAACGCCGUACACAACGGUAUAGAGUUGCAGCAUUGCGCCACCCUCCUCCCCGGGGCAGCAUAACCUUUGCCCGCGUGCCAAUGUGGAACAAAUUGUUUACUUUCGUGGUUGUCUCGUUAUGCCUUUUUUAGCAUUAUUACAAUGAACCAUCACCGGGACCGCAAUCAAUCUGUCGAUUCGAACGAAGAUCUGAGUGGAGAUGAGGCUUUAUCACCGAACAAACGUGCGAAAGUAAGAGAACCGUGGACCCAUAGCUCAUUCUCCAGCAGCAGCAGCAGCAGCAGCAUGGGUGCCCCAUCGAGGCAGGUUGAGUACGGUGAGCAUGGCAGUGGCGCGAGUGUGUCGCAAGGUGGUGGCCCGCCAGUGCGAAACGGCCCCAUUGCAAAGGGUGAAGAAAUUGCUGCAACGUUAAUGCAGGUGGCAGAAAAACCGGACCGCUGCUGGAACUUUGAUCUGCAGCACUGGCUCACGUUGUAUCGGACGGUCCGGUUUCGGGAUGUAAACUUUCCGGAAGCGGCGAUGCUGAUUUCCUGCUCGGCACAGAUCUAUGGCCGCAAGGUAGACUACCUGAGCGACAUCAUAAUGCACAUGAACGACGAUCAAAAGGCACGGGAAAAGAAAACACGAGAGGAAGAGAAAGGUAAAAGUGGCCAGGAGGGGGGUGGUGAGCAGGAGGUGGAAGAAACGGCGGCAGCAAACAAGAGCACCGGCCGGAAGCGGGCCGGUCGUUUCAACCCGCAGUCACUGUCGGACUGUUUCGGAGAUUUGGAGUUUACGUGCAACGAUCGAAAGCUGGCCAAGCUGGAAUCGCUCGUCCAGCCGGUGCCGAUUGUCGAUGUCGAUCGGCGGACCAAGGUGCAGCAGAUGCAGGACCUCUGUACGGAGCUGCGCACGAACCCAAGCCGACAGCGGAGACAGGAGAUUCUGAACCGGUUACGCGAUGACGCGUGCAUAGCACCGAUCAUGUCCAGCAAUGGGGCUGCCAGGAAAAAUCAGAUCCUAGAUCUCGAAUCUGGCGAAACGAUCGGCACCCGGUACGACUACCAGAUUCAUCUGAACUACAUCGAUGGACGCACCGGGUCGCUGAUCGCGGAACACGAUCUUAAACGGUUUUUCCAGCGGUGCGACGUAAUGGACUUUCUGUCGGAACAGCACGAAACGGAACGGGCGCGUUGCACGCGGCUUGGCAUGCCAACACCAGCGGACAGGCAGUGGCAGGGUGAGCGCGAACUCAAGCUGUUCAUGCCCCCGGAGUAUCUCAACAAUCGGUAUCGCAUCAAGCUAAACGAUACGACCGAUUUCGAUAACGCGCUGAUCCAGGCCCGCGUCACCAGCUUCAGCUCCGAUCCAAUUCUCUCCCUCAUGGAUCAUGCGUUGCGGGCGCAGAACAUUGCCGCCCAACAGUUGCCCGCCGAAUGGAACGAUCCGACGAUAUCGACGACGACGAUGCAGAGUAAAGCGUCCGAAAUACUGAAUGACUCCGGGUUCGAUAGCAAGUCAACGUCCAUCAUACAGGCCGACGACUCGGAUCCUUCCUUUAGCGGAGCACUGUCGUCCAGCCGUACGGACGAUUCGACGAUCGAAAAACUGGAGGAUAGUGGUGUGAACGCGUCGGAUGAAUCGGAGCAAGACACCUCACACGAACGCUCGAUCGAUGCUGCGCUAGAGUCGCAGGACAAGUGCACCGAUUCCUCGCUUACAGACGCGAGCGCAAACGAAAAGUCCGCCUCUGCAGCAUCCCGGUUGAGCGUGGACGAAGGUAUCGGAGUGGAUCGUGAAUCACCGCCCCGAGCGGCGGAAACGACCGUGCCGGUGGGGGGAGCGGACAGCAGCACAAAAUCCGGAUCGGUUUUAUUCACCGGCGGGACCGUUUUCCCCCGAUCCUCACCAGUGCUGCGACCGGUAAAGUUGGUGCAAAACAUUCUUGGCAUCCCGGAAGAUUUGGCACGCAAGCACAUCCAGUUUGCGCUGCCAAACGAAUAUCGCAAGAUGAAGUCGGAGCUUGUUAAACAGCGCGAAGCAGAAGCAAACGAACUGAAAAGUUUCCAACUGCACCGGUUAAAACCUACGGCAAAAUCGAUGCUACGUCCCUCAACACCCGAACCGGAAGAUUUCCUUGGCUUUGAAGACGAACUGCAAACACCGACGAAGACGAGCCCGCGGAAGAUGAAAUAUACUUCCUCCGCGAGUAACGAAUCUUCUCCAGUUAAACAAAGGCGUCCAUCAACUCCGGAACUCAGCUUCGAAGGGUUCGACGAACAGGACAUUAUUGCUGCUCGGAAAAGGGUCGAAGCGUUGAGACGAUGUGUGGAGAAACCGAAGCCUCCGGUCAGUCCGAAACGCGGCAACGGUUCGCUACCGGCAACACCGACAAGAACCCUCUCGUGUGAUUCCGGAAUAUCGGACACGGUUGACCGAAGCGGUAAGGAACCGGUCAACGCGACCCUGCUCGAUGCAAUCGCCGACGAUACGGAUCACACUGAGUGUGAUCUUCCCACCCUGGAGGACGACGAUGGUGGUGGUGAGGAUGGGACCGAAGGACAAUCGAAACCGGUAACGCACCAACCUCGGCAGGAGCAUACGGACGCGUCGAACGCACGAAUUCAGGCCAGCAUGAACGAAGCGAAGGAACGGUUCGACAAGGUUAGCCAGUGGCACCGUAAGCUGAAACCCAUCUUGAUCGAGUCGGAAAAGCGGAACCACUUCGACAUACACGCGUACGGUACGGAGAUCAUCGAAACGUUCGACCCAACCGUGCCGCUCGGCGCGGAAUCGAUCACACUCGAAACGGUGCUGCAGAACAAACCACCCCACAGCACCGCACGCUUCUUUCUGUCCGUGCUGAUGCUUGCCAACACGAACAACGUACACAUUACGAACAGGAACCCGGACUCGUUACGUCUUUCAUCGACCGCCGAAAUCGAGUUGCGCCUGCUGAGCCGCAAACGACACCACAAGGAACUGGAAGCGCUUGGCGAGCUGCUACCACCACCAGCGUCGACCGAUGGUUCGCCCGAGCCGGAACGCAAUCGGCAAAAGCGACAAAACCGAAAGCGAAAGCAUGCCGUGCAGCAGCAGCCUGUAGAAGCAGCGCACGGCGCACAAGAAGCGGCAACGCGGGAAGAUCCUUCCAGCCGUGUGGGGGGUGGGUUGAACGUCGAGGCCGGGGAUGACGAUGCCUCCUUCUUCGACAACGUGCAACAGAUGUACGAAGAUCUGAACAGUGAAGUCUCGCAUCGCAGACGCCUAGCGUUCCGAAGGGGAAUGCGGAAUUGUGCGUACGGACUGGGCGAUGCGAUGUCCAGUACUUUGAAGGAAGGAGAAACACAGCCGGAGAAAUCGAGCAGUGGUAGCCAACCGGUAAGAGGUAAACCGCCACCACCUAAUGCCAUACCGCAACAGCGCAACCUGACUGUUUGUCCGACGCGCGUUACAAUGCAUCCCGAGGAGGAUGUUCUCUCGGUUGAUCUGCUAACCAACAGUGCGACUCUUGUGCCGGUCCGCGAUACGGACACAAUGUGUGCUAAAAGUGUGUACUCCAUGGCGGAAUCGGGGUACGAAUCGAUGUUUAGCGGAGGAGACGACGUCUAGCGAACCGCUUGAUGGAUUGGUACAGGUUUAAUAGUUUUAUUGUAAAGUACGAUUUAGCUUAAUUGUAGCGUUAACUACUGACCCACAGGCUGAAACAGCUGAGUGGUAUGUAAAUAAGGGACACACUACUAUUUAAGAUGUUUUACUUUCUGCACCCUUUCUCGGUAAUUGCGGUACAUGUGACGCGCUCGGUUUAGAAGUUAGUAGUUAGGAAUGUUGCCUCACUAGCAGUGCGAGAUCCCCCUUAAAACUGCCUCACACCUCGUUCCCUUCAAGCAGAACAAUAGUUUCAUUUUCAUCAUCAUCCCACCACCCUAACGAAAGUACAAAGCAAUCACGGUGCAAUUAGUGUUUAGUAGGGUCACGCACGAGCUUUGAGGUUGAAUUUCACAGCCACAGCAGUUUGCCUCCGGACAUACGGACACAAUCCUUUUUGCAUUUUCCUUUAAAGAUCUUAACGUUUUAUUGACUUAAUUUUGAUAAUUAGCUUUACACAGCACACCCUCUGUACCCAGUAUUGUUUUUAGUUGUUUGCGUUUUGAGUGCAACAAGUGAUUUAAGCACACGUUGAUUUGCAAUGUUUGGCGCAUUUUCAUCGAACGGCACAGCCCUUACUGAUUUUAUUGAUACGUGCAAUUAAUGUGUUUAAUUCUUAGUCCUUAAGUUUCCCAGCAAUCGGACUCUAUCGAUAGGAAAGUAGGGCGCAAAGUUCUAAUCGUGGUCAGGGUUUGUGUACCUUUCUUACGUUUUGUUUUAAACAGUUUUAGUGGUACGGUGUAUAGAACUCUCUAUUUAUUUCCCUUGAAAGCCGACUCUUUGUUUCGGUAGAAAACUUUACCCUUGUCCUGUAUUUUGUAAACCUUUACUUGCUAAUGCUAA